AUUUGGAAGACUUUGUCUUCCACAGUCUUGUUAACAGCCCUUUAGCCAUUACCUUACACGCCGUUAUAAUUUAUUUUCUAUUCUUCUAUUCAACGUCCUGUUACUCUGUAAUAGAUGGACCCCCCAUCCUUUGAACCUCGUUUGAUACGCUAUUAUAAUCCUGUCCGUCAGUUCGGCUCUGUCUUUAAAAGAGACCCUCUAGGAAUUUACCCAAGGUUCCACAUCAAAGAAAAAGUCGUUUAUCUAAAUGACUCCGAUAUGGGUGAUGCUUCAUGGUUUCAGGUUGCAAGCCGCUCGAAGGAAGGUCGCUCAUUUUCAUACAACCUAUGUGAAGAGGACGGAGAAAUCGUAGCAAAAAACGUUGAGGCUCGACUCUGUAGCUUUGAAGUCCCGAGAUAAUUCGAUCACGAGCAAGUCAUGAUAAAAAAUAGAGAUGGGAGUCAGCAAGGUCCAUACUUCGUUUGUUGUAUUAAGUAUAAUGGCGGAGCCGAAGUCCGCAACUUCUUCUACAAUUUAGGGGAGUCACCAAACGAUCCUUCCAGGUAUAAUAUCCCUU